CCCAGAGUGUGGAGAACAGGAGUGGGCAAACAGGAGCGUGGUUUAAAAUGAGCCUUACAGACAUUCUAAGCCCUUCUGACAUUGCUGCUGCUCUGCGGGACUGCCAAGCUCCAGAUUCCUUUAGUCCCAAAAAAUUCUUUCAGAUCAGUGGGAUGUCUAAAAAGAGUAGCAGCCAGCUCAAGGAGAUCUUCCAGAUUCUCGACAAUGAUCAAAGUGGCUUUAUUGAGGAAGAUGAGCUCAAGUAUUUCCUUCAGAGGUUUGAGCAUGGAGCCAGAGUGUUAACCACCUCAGAAACCAAGACCUUCUUGGCAGCUGCAGAUCAUGAUGGGGAUGGUAAAAUCGGGGCUGAAGAAUUCCAGGAAAUGGUGCAGGCUUAGAGUUCAAAAGGACCAAACAAAAUAGAAUUGGGAUGAAUCUGCACAAGACACUCCCAGCCUUGAAAAUCAGGAGUCCCUUAUUUAUCUUGACAGUGUCUGUUAUUUUUUCACUGCCUUAGCAACAUAAUGAAACACUGAUUACUGAUUUUUUCAUUGUGUGGACUAUUUAUGUUUUAACCUCUACU